AAAUUGCACGCUACACAACACUAAACAACAGCAAACACCAAUACUACUCGAUACUUCCGCAGCAGCAGCGCAGCCUCGCUGUUCAAUGUCUGCACGAAUCUACCACGAACGGCAGGUGGCGCAACUGUGCGCACUGCACGCCCUAAACAAUCUGUAUCAGCGUCGCAAUCUGUUCAGCAAGCAGCAAUUGGAUGAUUACUGUUAUGCGCUGACGCCACGCGUCUGGCUGAAUCCGCAUCGCUCGUGGCUGGGCUGGGGCAAUUACGACAUCAAUGUCAUCAUGUACGCCGUGCAGCAGCUGAACUGUGAGACAAUUUGGUUUGAUCGACGCCGUGAUCCGCAUUGUCUCAAUCUGGCCGGGAUCUUUGGCUUCAUACUGAACAUCGGCGUUGCUGUCCGAUUUGCCUACUAUAUAGAAUUGCCCGGCGUGCGUAGCCGGCAUUGGGUCGCCUUGCGGCGCAUCGAUGGCAAUUAUUAUAAUCUGGACUCGAAGCUGGCGCAGCCGCGUUGCAUUGGCAGUGCGCACAAGUUCUUGGAUUAUCUGCGCCAGCAGCUAAGGCCCGAAAAUGAUCAUGAGCUAUUCGUUAUUGUGGCGCGGCAGCGGGCAGAGCAGCAGUGUUGGCUAAUGCCCGAGUAUCGGCUCAUGCAGGAAAGCGAGUAAUCACACACACACACACACACACACACACACGCCCCUAGGUUUGCAAUAAA